GACUUCCGCCCCAGUGACGGAAACGACGACAUAAAUUCAUACCGUGUUUACUAAUGGCGGCUAAAACGGCCGUCGGAAAAAUUACGUUUUUUUCACUACAGAGUUAAAUUAGUUUACUCCAAAGAGCAGAGUACAAAUAAUCACUUAUGGCGGAUCCUGUGGUUGCAUCUAGAGGUUCCCUGAAUGAAGGAGGGGUAUGUUAAGAGACGGUUUUCUUCUCCCGUCAUUAGCAGGAUGUAGGCUAACGUUAGCUAACUUAUCCGUAGGUUCUCAGUGUUUAGCUAACUGUUAGCAGUCAGUUGGAAGAGACUCGUCUGUACUGAAUGUGUCUCAAGGAGUAAUUUAAAUAAUUCCUCUUGAAGCCACAAUGAGCCUGCUGUACUUUAUCACAGACGACAAGCGUGGGAGUAGUGGUAAAGCAGCUACCAGCCCUGCAGAGAACUACCACCUGGCUCGACGUCGCACCCUGCAGGUUGUUGUCAGUGCCCUCCUGACAGAGUGUGGCUUCGAGAGCGCAGAAAAGGCAGCAGUGGAGACACUCACUGAGAUGAUGCAGAGCUAUAUAACCGAAAUAGGUCGGUGUGCUAAAGCUUAUUGUGAACACACGGCCAGAAGCGUCCCAACCUUGGCAGAUACAGUGGUCACACUCAUUGAAAUGGGUUUCAAUGCCGACACCCUGCCUGUGUAUGCCAAGAGAUCACAGAGGAUGGUUAUAACUGCCCCUCCAGUGACGAACGCACCUGUGACUCCCAAAGCCCUGUCGGCCGGACAGAAACGCACCCAUCCGGCUUACAUCCCCAGCCACUUCCCAGAGUUCCCGGACCCUCACACGUACAUCAAAACACCCACGUUCAGGGAGCCUGUGUCAGACUACCAAGUGGUGAGAGAGAAGGCAGCAAGUCAGAAGAGAGACGUGGAGCGAGCGCUCACACGCUUCAUGGCCAAGACGGGAGAAACUCAGAGCCUCUUCAAAGACGACAUCACUGCCUUCCCAUUGAUCGCAGCACAACCAAGCAGCAUCCCAUAUCUCAGUGCCCUCCUGCCCUCGGAGCUGGAAUUGCAGACUCUGGAGGAGACAGACUCCUCGGAGCAGGACGACCAGACAGACAGUGAGAACGCAGCCGGGAACCUCAUCAAUGAUGAUCCAGGAGGUGACAAAGAGAACUCCAUGCUUCCGCCCAGCGGCGUUCCCUCCGCAAAGGCCAGCGAGGAGAACGUGAUCGACAACCCGUACCUUCGGCCGGUCAAGAAACCCAAAGUGAGGAGGAAGAAAUGAAACCGAUAUGAACCAACAGACACACUUGCCACAGUGGUUGGCGCUUUCAGCAGUGCAGUGGUUCCCUCCAGAGAGGAGAGAGGCACGGCGUUGAAGCGUCCGGGACCAGCGCCGCUGUUGGUUUUUUUGUAUAUUGACUGACUUCUUUUGAAGAGACAACUUUUUUUUUUUUGUGUUGCGUUACUUUUCAGCAAGCACUAACUUGGUAAAAACAUGGUGUAAUAUACCACCCUUACAGAAAUCAGUCAUUUUGUGAAUAAAGAUAAAUUAGUUGUUUUUUUUUU